AUGGCCAAGUUUUCAUCCUUUCUCUUGAUUUGCUGCUUGACAUUUCUAUUGUUGUUGGUGUCAUCCAACACUACUAAUGCGGAGUCUGCCAUUGAUGCGAAACGAAAGGAAAUAUUGACUCGCCGGGACAGUCACAAACGCCGCAUCACGGCGUUGAUCAAACACAUGCGCAGUCAAUUGGCGGAUCACUCGGCUGGUGUAAAAGUCAUGGAGGAAAAGGAAAAGGCAGAUUUGGAACGACGAUUGGCGCUAUAUGUUCAAAAGGUCGAUUCAAUGAAAGAGUAUGUUGACGAUGAAGAGGUGGAAACUACCAUGGCACGAGAGGAAUCCCAGAAGAAACAUCGUGCAAACUACAAAGAGAAAAUCAUAGCAGAGGCAAGAAGAUUGGAAGAGGAAAAAGAGAAAAAGUCCGAAGAUGCGAAUUAUGGUAGCGAUGACUUAUAG